AUGGCCGAUCCACUAGCUUCACUCGCUGCUACAAUUGUACGAGUGCUCAUACCUCCAACUAUGGUAGUUGGAGUUGUUGGGAACUCGCUGAAUAUUGCCGUGCUCACAAGAGCUAAACUUUACCAUCACGCCUGCUCUCGUUAUUUUCUUGCUCAGUCUAUCGACAAUCUCUUAUUUUCGAUUGUCGUGCUCACUUUUCGUCUCUUGGCUUUCGGGUACUCGAACGAUCCAUCGACUAUCUGCCUUUAUUGUUGUAAAUCCAUACAAUAUGUCAUAGGUGUAAUCAUUGUUGUGUCACCUCAAUUAGUUAUACUCGCUUCAGUCGAUCGAUUUUGCGCAAGUUCAUUCGAUGCUGGAAAACGAAAAUUCAGCAAUGUUACUGUAGCACGUUGGGCAAUUACAAUUGUCGUGAUCGUAUUCACAAUUUUCUACUUUAGCACAUUUAUUUUGAUGGAUUUACAGAUAGGUGCAACAGUUACCUGUAGUAUUCGCGUCACUACACUUUACAGCCGCGUGUAUCCAAUUAUGCAAGCAUUACUAGUAGGCGUUAUUCCACCGAUUUUGAUGUCAAUAUUUGGUUUUAUGACCAUAUAUAAUACCAAGCAAGUUCGUGCCUUUCCUGAUUCUACCUCGUCUUUUCGUCGUACCGAAGGUCAGCUUAUUCGUAUGCUUCUUCUUCUAGUGAGCUCUUACUUCAUUCUUUGUGCACCAUUUGCCACAAUUUAUAUUAUGGGAUUUUUGCCUGUUCAAGUCUUCAGCUUAUCUACAUACUACUUUAUUUACAAAAUUACAGCGCUACCAUAUUAUCUUACUUAUACUACGACCUUUGCUCUUUACAUCCUUUCCGGCAGCAUCUACCGAAAUAAAACUGUCCGAUUCAUGAGAAAAUUGUUUCGACUCCGAUGUAAAAUUGAAGUCCGUCCGAUAUUUGAUGAUCAUACUAAUCAAAUAUCAUUACAUGGUACGACUCGCAUAAUGAGUAGACAGAUUCAUACAACAGCUCCCGGACAGAUAAUAGAAUGUGGUUGA